AUGCCCCUCAUCCGCGCCGAGCGGGCCCCCACGUCGACCGACUUCAAGGAAGUGGCCGCUCAUCUGCAGCCGACUCGCGACUACCGCACAGUGCGGAAAAUCUACGAGAAGUACGUGAAGGGCGAGCCAUGGAGCAAGAGCGGGCCCGCCCCGGAACCCAAGCACGAGCCCAUCCGGCCGUCUACAUUCUACUCCAUUUACAAGAAGGUGGAGGCGUUGCCGCCUGAACGGACGGACUACUCCCGUGAAAACCCCCAGUUCUGCCCGGACUAUAUGUUCCAGUUUCAGCUACCGCGAUACAUGCUGCGCAUCGAGGCGUUCUCGUUGACAGCCCUUGGGGUGCUGGGGCGCCUCUUGGUGCUGCUGAAGUUGAAGGUUUGCAUCACGCUCAUGCUCGACUGGAGGCAGACGAUGGCAACGUUCGAGCUGCCGCUCGUGAAGAAGCUGCUAGCCGAGCAGAAGAAAGGGGCCCAGGUCAGGAUCCUCGUGCCGAAGGAGCGGAGCAAGUUGAUUAUUGUGGACGAUGUCAUGUCGUCGAGUGGAUCCGUCAACCCUUCCUUCCAAGGAUUGAACCGGUCCUAUGAGAGCAUCACCUACCACUUCAUGCUUGAUGCCGUCCGGAAGGAUCUCGAAGAGUCACAGGCCAAGGAGGCCCUGUUCAUGGAGAUCGACGACGAGUGGGUCAGGGAGCAAGAGGCCCUCACCACGACCGCUAAGCAGCUGGCGACCGCCCAGGCCAGCGAGGGAUUCGCCCCCGAAGAGCUGGUUAGCGAGGAGCUCGCGCCCGAAGAGCUGGUUCUCGGGGAGUUCGAAGAGAAGAAGGACGCGGCCGAUUACAACAGGCUGAAGCUGGCCGGCAUCUGUGUGCAGUGCAGGACUGGAGCUCUCGCCGACGGCGAAAGCACGUGCAUCGCGUGCCGGCACAAGAAUCAGUUCCAGUAUUAUCAGAGACAGGAGGAAGGCAGGUGUUGCAACUGCAACAAGAAGAAACCUGCAAGCGACAAGCACGCCAGGUGCGCUGCAUGCAGGGCCAAGGACGCUGCUUAA